UCUUCACUUGAACCUCCAAUAAAGAACACCAACGAACCGAUUGGACUCUGUCCAUCGGUUCUUAUCAGCAACAGUGCACAAAUAGUUUUAAUCGUACACAAAAGACAAUAAUAUGGCUAUAUUUGGCUCUGCACGAACAGGAUGAGAACCAACAAACAAAAAUCUCGGACAUCAAUUGAUUAAUUGUGAAAUAUUUGUAUUUUGUGUUGAAAGAAAUGACGAAAUUUGGACAUCGGACUGCAGUUAUUCAAAAUUAUUGAUCAAAAAUUGGUAAAUCAACGCCUUUUCCUGAGAAUAUUGACUGGAAUUCUUGAUACAAUUAUCAUGGAGACAAAAACGUGGCAACAAGUUUCCGAAAAAUUGGGAGAUAUUCAACAUAACAUCAAUUUAAUUGCACAAUGCGUAAAGAAGACCGAAUCAAUUCAAAUCCUGAAAGAAGCUGAGGGGAAACUGGAGACGCAAGCAGCAGUGAUAAUUGAAACUCAUUCAUUUCUGGAGAAAGUUGCCGCACAAAGUCAAGAACCUGAUAAAUUGAACUUAGCAAUCGAAACUUUACUGGACAUCGAAAGCAGAGUGAGCAAAGUAUACGAAUUUAUCCAACACAACAUCAUUCAACUAAACAUCGAUUCGGCAAUAUCAACAUCAAUCAACAUUUUUAGAAAGAAAAUUCGAUCGACAUAUAACAAAAUUAACCAAAUUAGUGAUAAAUUUGAGAUAAUAUUUCUGAAUAGUAACAAUCGCGAUUUAAUUGAAAUAUUUGAUUCCAUUGAUAUCCAUUUCAACAACAAAAUAAACGCAAAAUGUAAAGAAACGCAAAUUCUAAUCAGUGAAAAAUUCUUCGUUGCCAAAAAUAAAAAUCAUAUUCGUAAAAUUUUUCGUCAAGUUAAAAGUUUAUCAAUGAAGAAAUCGAAUACGUGAAGAGAAUCCAUCGUUUUACAUUAUCCAAAUUCCAAAAUUCUUAACAAAUCAGUAGAAAAGUCCCAAAAUCCUGAGAAAAAUGUAACAUUAAAAGAAAAAAAUCAAACGGAACACGAAAAUUUUUUUGAAAUUAAACAAUAUGCGCUUGUCUUGACCAUCGUGAAUUUAAGAUGGUCCCAUUUUAAUUGGAAAUUCUUUAGAAAGAAAAACACGCAGCAAAUCGUUGAAAAAGAAAAAUGAGUGAAACAAGCAAAAUGAUAAAGCGCCAAUCAACGGACAUCGAAUAAACUUAUGAAAAAGUUAUCUCAAUAAACAUUUACCACAAAACACCAAUGAACCAGAAAUACGAUUUAAAAAAAAAGCAACAAAAUAACAUUAAGUUGAAAAAUAGAUAUGAUAGAAAUAUGUCAAAAUUAAAACCUGCGAAGAUUUCUAGCAAAUUCUUAUGAAAAAAAAAAUCGAAAAUGUCAAUAACCCAUACAAAAGGAAUGAAAAAGUUAGCAUAUGGAAACUCAAAUUUCAAAAAAAAAAGGUCGUAAUUAGAAGUUAAAACAAAAAGUCAAUAAACUGAAUUUGCACUGAAAACAAAUUUCAAACCCCGUAAGAAGAAGAAGAAGAAGAAAGACCUAAGUCGCCAGAGCAGCGCAGUCUAAGAUAGCCUAAGUCGCCAAAAGUAGCGCAGCCAAAAAAAAUUUAUUCAAGAAAAAAACAAUGGAAUCAAAACCAAGUUUUGCAGGGGAACAGAAAAAACUUGUCAGUUUAAGCAAAAAAAAAAACAUUCAUACAGUUAAAUGAACUUUGAUUGCAAUUCAGCAUUUUUUUUUAAAUGUUUGAAAUCGACUGAAGAAUUUAUUUCAUUAACGUUCAAAUUUCUUUAUUAUCGUAAGUUUUGCACACAAAGGUGAAAAAAAAACUGUAAUUGAAACAUCUUUUCUUUCUAUCCAAAUUUAAAAGUACUCAAAAUAUGAAUUUUUCCAACUAACAUUUGUUAAUAUUUGUAUGACAAGCUCUCAUAACAACACAUCCCCAAUUUUGUUAAAGUUUUAAAUUAAUUCAAAUUUUCGGAGAAAUUUAAAUCCCGGGGGAUGAUGUGGCAUGAACAGUAGAAAUGUAAACAUAAUGCAAGCUAAUCAAAAACUAUUGAGCGACCGAUCGCACCUGCAUAUAAGCGAUCGGUCACUCAACGACAGUCUUCACUUGAACCUCCAAUAAAGAACACCAACGAACCGAUUGGACUUUGUCCAUCGGUUCUUAUCAGCAACAGUGCACAAAUAGUUUUAAUAGUACACAAAAGACAAUAAUAUGGCUAUAACUUGAUGCAUUCCAUUGUUUACAAACAGUCACAGAAACUUGAUAAUUAUCAAGUGGUGAAGAUAAUAAGUGUUAUCUCCGUACUUCAAAUAAUAUUCAUUGAAAUGAUGACUUGCAGCAAUAUUUCAAGUAAAUCAGUAUUCUUAAAAGUCUGUUGCAUUCAUAGAUACUCGUGUGCACUACGGGUGUUGAUUCCAAAUUGCUUUAACUAAAAGUUUGAUGAUAAUUUUGUUUCAUUGAAAGAUUUUGAAAAAUUAAAAGAAAAAUGGACAUAAAAGAAAUUUUAGCAACGAAAACGAAGGAAGAACUCAUCAAGUUCCUACAAAAACAGUUGAAUUCCGUUGAUGUUGAGCUUCGCAUUGAACAUGGCUCCAAAACUGGUGACAAUUUUAUGGGCGAAGUAUAUCGCGUACUAUACGAGGAAUCUAAUGAAAAGAUUGAAUCUUCAUUGAUUUUGAAAGUCGCUCCAAGGAACCCGAUGCGUAGAGAAAGAAUGAGAUCACGUGAUUUAUUUGUACGCGAAAUUAAUAUGUACGAUAAGAUCUUGUCGUUUUUUGAAGAAUUUCAACUGUCCAAGGGUGUUAUUCCAGGCGGGAAUGUCUUCAAUGAAAGUGCCAAGUGUUACUUCAGUAUAAGUGAAGAGCUAUCCGAAUCACUGUUUCUUGAAGAUUUGAGAAGUAAACGCUUCGAAAUGAUAAAUUAUCGUAAGAAAUCGGUUACGUUUGAGCAUGUUUCAUUAGUAAUGAAUUCGCUUGGAAAAUUUCACGGCAUUUCGUUCGCGCUAAAAGAUCAACAACCAGAGAAAUUCAAAGAAUUGGCGAGUCUUUCAUUUGAACAGUAUUGGACAUUCCUUGAAUCAGAAUUUAACGACCAUUAUUUCGAUACACUUAAGCGUUUAACAACCAUUUUAGAAGAGAAAAAACGGUUUGAUCUGUUGGAAAAGUUCAACCGAGCGGCAGGAGUCGAUCAAUGCGCAACAAUAUUCAAUUUAGUUGCAAGUGCAGCAGCUGAGCCUUAUGCGGUCAUUUGCCAUGGUGAUCUAACGACUUAUAACUCGAUGUUUCGUUAUGACGAACAAGGUAAAGCCGUUGAAGUUAAAUUGAUUGACUGGCAAUUUACUCGUUAUGCUUCACCUAUCACCGAUUUGGUUUUAUACUUAUUCUGCUCAACAACGAAGGAGCUGCGUGAUCAACAUUAUGAGGAUUUCUUAAAAAUUUACUAUGGAAGCCUUUGUGACUUAUUAACAAGAUUGGGAUCAGAUCCUCAAAAAAUGUUCCCCUAUGAAGCGUUGUUGGAACAGAUGCAGAAAUUUGGAAUUUAUACAAUAUUCGUGGGAGCAUUUUUAUUUCCCAUGCUUUAUGCUGAUCCAGCUACGAUUCCGAAUUUCGAUGAUGUUGCAGAGAAAGCGGGCAGCGAUGAAUCAUUUUUCGAGAAUAUAUUCCAAAUUCCAGACGAACUGAAAAUGGCAUACAAUAACAAAAUAACGGAUUUAUUCAUUGACUUGGAACGCCUUGGGUGUAUGUAAAGAUGUAAAUUUACUAUAUUGUUUGAUUAUAUCAAGAAAUAAACAAAUAAAUCUUAUCUCAUUUA